AACGAUAUAAAUGAAUAAAGGCAUUGGUUCUUACUCUUCCAGCAGUUUACUCUUCAAUAAGCCAAAACAAAGAAAGGUCACUUCUUCAAAGAGAAAGAAGUCCAGAGAAGGGUCUAAAGAAAAGAAGAAGCAGAAAUAAAUACAAUAGUCCUGGCAAGAUAAUGCUCGGCAAUUACUUACCUAGUAAUUCAACUCAGAAUUUUGUAUUUAAGAAUACGGCUUGAGAACCUACCAAUAUGAGAUAUGCUGCUGUCAAACCUACUCAUGGUGAGUCCGCUUUCAAGAGCUUAAUGACUUCUCCUCCAGGAAGGCCAGGAAGUAGAUCGAAAAAGAAGCCUAAAACAGGCUUCUCUUCCUCAUACAAUUCUUCAAGCAAUAAAAGCACUGCCUUGACAGGAUCGGUUUCAAAGAAGUUCUUGCCAAGUUAUUAUGGAAGAAAAGGAGAUUUGUCAAGAGGAAACUCUUAUACAAAAAGGAAAAAUAGCGGAUCAAAGUUGUCAAGCAGGACUCAAAGAUCAAACUCCAGGACUCUUAAGUCUACGAAAUCUUCAUUAGGUUAUUCUUCAAAGAGUAAGUACAGUGGAGGAAAAUCAAUCAGCAAGUAUGCAUCGACUGAUGCUUUUAAGGAUGCUUCAAAGACAUUUAAACCAUUCAAGGUUACUUCUAAACAGAGCAAGAAUAGUUCAGUUGAUUAUCUUCAGAAAUCAGGGAGAUUCAAUUCCACUCUCAAGUAUUCCAGCUCUGAUAGUGGAUUUCCGAGUAAUUUAAAAAUUAAGAAAGAAAAAACAAAAACUAAGAAAAAGAAAGCUAAGCAUGACAAGGAAGAAUAUGCGAAAAAGUUUGGGAUAAGCACAACUACGAAGGAUGCUGAGAGUGCUCUUAAUUCAAUAAAUAUCAUAAAUGCAAACCAUUUACAUCUUUCAAGUUAUCCUCAUAAAUCCAACUUAAAUAGUUCAGGAGGUGAUAAUGAGAAGAAGGAGAAUAUUCAAGGACUCAUUAACAAACCAGAGUCAGGCAAGAAGAAGAAAAGAACCCCAAUAAGUGGAGGUAUUAGAGAUGAGAGAAUGAAAUUGAAGCAGGAAAUUAAAAAGACCAAGCCUAAGAAAAGCACUACUAAGAAUUAUGUCAACUCAAAGAAAAUUACACCUAACACUUCGAAGAGAGAGCAUAGUGAGGUCAGGAAGACUGAACCUGUAGUUGAAAAAGAAACUAAAGGUGAGAAGAGAAGUCAUUCUCAACCUCCUGUAGAAGAUCCUCCUAUAGAUGAUCCCCAGGCCAACGAGCCUGCACUGCUAGAUUCAAAUCUUCCAGAUUAUGUUGCUAAUUAUGCUUUCGCUACAAGAACAGGGAUGAUACCAGAGAAGCCUGAUAAGCAGAACCAGGAUAUCUAUUUUAUUAACAAAGACUUUGCUAACAUUAAAAAUAACUGGUUCUUUGGAGUAUGUGAUGGACAUGGAGUGAAUGGCCACUUUGCUUCAGAUCAUGUGAAACAAUACCUACCUCAGAACAUUGAACUGCUAGAUUACAUGUUAAUGAUGCAGAAGCAUAAGGAAAGUCAGAAAACUCCUGAAGAGAGGAAAGAUUCUACAUCUGGCUUCUUUGAAGAUGAUGAGGAGAAUCUAGCAACAUAUCUUCUUUCAAAAGACCAUAAGAAGAAAUAUACUGUAAUCAGUGAGGGAUUUAUCAAAACAGCUUGAGAUAUCCAACAGAGAGAAUUCAAUGUAGACUACUCAGGAACGACUGUUGUCACUGUGAUGCUCUCAGGCAAGCAGCUUACCUGAGCAAACCUUGGAGAUAGCAGAGCUGUUUUAGGAAGUAUUAGAACCAAAGAGGAAGCAGAGACAAUUCAGAGCAAUACAACAGAAGUUAAGAUGGAGUCGGUAGCAGGACCUGAUAAAACUGGCAAGAAGAUGUGGGUAUCCACUAGUCUUUCCCUCGACCACAAGCCUGACAGAGCAGAUGAGUUCAAGAGAAUUAUGGAAUCUCAAGGGAGAGUCGAUCCUUUUAGAGAAGAAAAUGGUGAGCCUGUAGGUCCAGCCAGAGUCUGGUUGAGAGAUGCAAACGUUCCUGGACUUGCUAUGAGCAGAUCCAUAGGAGAUUUAGUAGCCAGCUCAGUUGGAGUUAUCCCAGAGCCAGAAUUUUUUGAGCUAGUCUUGAGUGAACCUGAUAAAUUCAUUGUAAUUGCCUCGGAUGGAGUUUGGGAAUUUAUUGAAAAUGAUGAAUGUGUUAGGCUAGUAGCUCCUUAUUGGGAAAAUAACGAUCCACAAGGAGCAUGCAAGAAAUUGACAGACUUAAGUGUCGAACACUGGAAAAGAGAGGAUGAGGUUAUAGACGACAUUACUGUCAUGGUAAUAUUCCUCAAGGUUCCAAAAUAA